AUGAAUCGCCAAAAUAAUGAUACUGCAGUAUCCGAAGAGGUUUACAAUAUUAUCCCACUAGACAACUUCUCCGCUGAUCAUCCCUGCCGCCGGUUUCCCCAGGUCCGGCUUGCUAUUGCCGCCCUGCACGCAGUUGGUGACCUCCGCCCGCCACAAUUCUCGUCCUGGAAUCCGGACUAUGAUCUCCUCGACUGGCUAGGCCUCCAUUUCGGUUUUCAGUCCUCCAAUGUCAAGAACCAAAGAGAGCACCUUGUCCUGCAUCUCUCCGAUGCACAAAUGCGCCUCUUCCCUACACCUGACAACUUGGACUCUCUUGAUCCUUCCAUUGUUCGAAACUUCCGGUGCCGCCUCCUGGAAAACUACUCCGACUGGUGCUCCUACCUCGGCAUCAGACCAAAUGUCCAGCUCUCAGAUUCUUGCUCAACCUUGGCUUUCAGGCCUAACGUCCAGCGUGAGCUUCUGAGGUGCUUUAAGGAGCUAAAGUGGCCAAUUGAUAUUUUGGGUACUUUUUUCAUGACAAGCAGUAAAGAAAAGAGGGUGGGGAAAACGGGGUUUGUGGAGCAGAGAUCGUUUUGGAACAUUUUUCAGAGCUUCCACAAGUUGUGGACUAUGUUAAUUUUAUUCAUUCAAGCAGCAGUAAUUGUAGCGUGGGAGGAGAAGGGCUAUCCAUGGGAAGCUUUAAAGAGUAUGGAGGUCCAGGCACGAUGCUUGACUGUGUUCAUCACGUGGAGCGCAAUGAGAUUAUUGCAUUCAUUACUCUAUGCAGCAAUGCACUAUAGUUUGGUUUCGAGGGAGAUGAAAUGGUUAGGUAUGAAAAUGGUUUUGAAAAUUGUAGUUUCUGCUGGGUGGAUUUGGGUUUUUAUGAUGUUCUAUGGGAGGAUUUGGGAUCAAAGAAGUAAUGAUGGGACGUGGUCGCCUGAAGUGAAUCAUAGAGUGGUGAAUUUUUGUAAGCUUGCUUUAGUUUUUAUGGCCCCUGAAAUUUUGGCUCUGGUUUUGUUCAUUCUGCCUUGUGUUGGGAAUUAUUUGGAGAAUACAAAUUGGAGGAUCUUUCGUUUGCUGUCCUGGUGGUUUCAGGACAGAACUUUCGUUGGUCGAUGGCUUAGGGAAGAAUUCACGGACAGUAUAAAGUAUAUGAUCUUCUGGAUAUUUGUGCUGGGGACAAAGUUUUCCUACAGUUAUUUCUUGCAAAUCAAGCCCAUGAUUGGAUCUACGAAGACAUUGUUGCAUACCAACAUUGAUUAUGAGUGGCAUGAGUUCUUUAAACACAGCAACCGAUCUGCAUUGGGGUUGUUGUGGCUUCCAGUUUUUUUGAUAUACCUGAUGGAUCUGCAAAUUUGGUUUUCAAUUUACUCUACAUUUCUUGGUGCUAUUAUUGGUUUGUUUAAUCGUCUGGGUGAGAUUCGGAACAUGCAGCAUUUGAGGUUACGGUUUCAGUACUUUGCUAGUGCAAUUCGGUUCAACUUGUUGCCCGAGGAACAGCUGUUGAACGUGAGAGGAACAUAUAGAAGCAAGUUCAGGAUAGCCAUUCACCAAUUGAAACAAAGGUAUGGGUUUGGUAGGCCCUUUAGAAAAUUUGAACCUAACCAGGUCGAGGCCUACAAAUUUGUUAUGAUAUGGAAUGAAAUAAUUAUGACAUUCAGAGAGGAGGACACCAUAAGUGAUCAAGAGGUCGAGUUGUUGGAAAUGCCUAAAAGAUACUGGAACAUCAGCGUGAUUCAAUGGCCAUGUGCGUUCCUAUGCAAUGAGGUGCGGCUCGCUCUCAGAUUGGCAAAAGGACUUUCUGAUGCUCCUGAUAAAAAGCUUUGGGUUAAGAUCGGCAAGAAUGAAUAUAUGCGUUGUGCAGUUAUUGAAGCAUAUGAGAGUGUGAGGCAAUUCUUGCUGACCAUCGUCAAGCAUGACAGUGAGGAGCAUUCCAUUGUCAAAACAUUCUUUCAAGAAAUUGAUCAGUGGAUUCAAUUGGAGAAAUUCACGAAAUGCUACAAGAUGGCUGCGCUUGAAAAUAUCCAUGAAAAGUUAGUCCAUCUACUCAAUCUAGUACUCAAGCCUCCAGUUAAAGAUCUUAACAAGGUAGUGAAUGCUCUGCAGACCCUCUACGAGGCUGCUAUUCAGGAUUUUUCGAAAGAAUAUAGACAUAUUUAUCAGCUGAGGGAAGCUGGUCUGUUUCCUCGAACAACAGUUUCGGGUGCAAGAGUUCUUUUUGAGAUGGCUGUUGAGUUGCCUGGUCCAGAUAAUGAGAUUUUCUAUCGAUGUCUUCGACGUUUACACACGAUUCUCACAUCUGAGGACUCAAUGCUAAAAAUUCCCGAAAAUCGUGAAGCAAGACGACGAAUCUCUUUCUUCAGCAAUUCCAUGUUUAUGAAUAUCCCCCAUGCUUCCGUAAUUCAGAAAAUGGCAGCCUUCAGUGUUCUAACUCCUUAUUACAACGAAGAAGUGCUAUACAGCAAGGAACAACUCCGGAUUGAAAAUGAAGAUGGGAUUUCCAUCCUCUACUACUUGCAGACUAUCUAUGCUGAUGAGUGGAGAAACUUCUUAGAGAGAAUGCACCGGGAAGGGAUGGUAAGUGAAAGAGAAUUGUGGACAACUAGGUUGAGAGAUCUUCGGCUAUGGGCAUCUUACAGAGGCCAGACACUGGCCCGCACGACUAGGGGAAUGAUGUACUACAAUCGGGGUCUUAACAUGCUGGCUUUUCUGGAUUCAACACACGAGAUAGACAUCAUGGAAGGAUCUCAGCAACAUCAUUUCAUGAGACUCAAUGAUAAUAAAGAUGGAUUGGGCUCAAUAAUGUCACCCCAUUCAAAAACUUCAGUCGAUGAAAUUUGCAUUCCGAUGAAAUUCACUUACGUAGUUGCUUGUCAGUUAUAUGGAACUCAGAAGGUCGAAAAGGAUCAGCGUGCUGAGGAAAUCUUGAAUCUGUUGAAAGACAAUGAAGCUCUCCGUGUUGCUUACAUUGAUGCGGUGUCCAAAGAGAAGGCUGAAAAAGAGUAUUACUCCGUCCUGGUGAAAUAUGAUAAAAAGCUGCAAAGAGAAGUGGAAAUCUAUCGGAUCAAGUUACCUGGUGAUCCCCUGAAGCUUGGAGAGGGGAAACCAGAAAAUCAAAAUCAUGCCAUCAUCUUCACUCGAGGAGAUGCAAUCCAGACCAUUGAUAUGAACCAAGACAACUAUUUUGAGGAGGCGCUAAAGAUGCGAAACUUUUUGGAGGAAUUCCAGCACAACCAUGGCAUCAAGAAACCGACUGACUAUAUUGGGACUCUGGGAGCACAUAUUUACAGGUUUUGGUUUCUGACUCGGGGUGGAAUAAGCAAGGGUUCUAGAGUGCUUAACAUCAAUGAGGAUAUCUUUGCUGGAUUUAAUUGCACACUUCGGGGUGGAAAUAUCACUCACCGCGAGUACAUUCAAUUAGGCAAGGGUAGGGAUGUUGGCUUAAAUCAGAUCUCUAUGUUUGAGGCCAAGAUUGCAAGUGGGAGUGGAGAGCAACUCCUCAGCCGAGAUGUCUACAGGUUAGGUAAUAGGCUGGACUUCUUCAGGAUGCUUUCUUUCUUCUACACUUCAGUAGGAUUCUUCUUCAACGCAUUUGUGGUUGUUUUCGCUUUUUAUGCCUUUUGGUGGGGGGAAUUCUCUCUGGCCCUAUGUGGGUUUGAGAGUUUAAUGAAAUCAGGUAAGGCGGAUCAAAAUGCAGCACUUCUGUCUAUCUUGAGCCAAGGAUUUGUCAUCGAACUUGGCCUUUUCAAUUUCUUGCCAAUGAUUGUUGAAAAUAUAGUUGAGCAUGGUUUCCUCACAUCUGUCUGGGAAUUCAUUGUAACACAGCUCCAACUUUCAUCCGUAUUCUACAUGUUCUCCCUGGGAACUCGUUCCCAUUACUUUGGUCGAACCCUUCUUCAUGGUGGUGCCAAAUACCGAGAAACUGGGCGCGGCUUCGUUGUACAGCACAAGAGUUUUACUGAGAGUUACAGACUAUAUGCUCGCAGUCAUUUUGUGAAGGCAAUUGAGCUUGGACUAAUACUUGCAGUAUAUUCUUUGUACAGCCCUGUUGUAGGGACUGGUUUUGUGUACCUAGCAUUAACUCUAGCCAGUUGGUUUGUGGUAGCGUCCUGGAUUUUGAGCCCCUUCAUCUUCAAUCCUCUAAGUUUUGAGUGGCUUAAAACAGUAAAUGAUUUCCAUGAAUUUAUAAACUGGAUAUGGGACCGUGGUAGCAUAUCAGCAAAAGCUGAACAGAGCUGGGAAAAAUGGUGGUAUGAAGAACAAGAUCAUUUGAGGACCACUGGUAUUUGGGGGAAGGUAACUGAAGUAAUUCUAAACCUUCGAUUCUUCUUUUUCCAAUACGCGAUGGUGUAUAAGCUUAGCAUUGCUGCUGGAAGCAACAGCAUAGCUGUCUACUUGUUUUCCUGGAUCUCCAUACUAGUUGUUCUUGGAGUUUACGCAAUAUUAACAUGUGCCGGCAAUAAGUACAGCAUCAAGGCUCACCUUUACUACCGUUUUAUCAAGGCUGUAAUUCUUGUUCUUACAAUAUUCGGGAUCAUUGCCCUAAAGCUGCUCACCAAUUUCAGAUUUCUUGAUCUCCUCAAGAGUCUGUUGGUUCUCAUUCCCACUGGAUGGGGACUUAUUUCGAUUGCCCUCGUACUGAAGCCCUCUCUGGAGAAAUCAGUGACAUGGGAUACUGUUGUUUCUUUUGCAAGAGCCUAUGAAAUUAUGUUUGGAAUGAUAGUGAUGAGCCCAGUUGCAGUCCUGUCCUGGUUGCCAGGGAUUCAAUCUAUGCAGACAAGGAUUCUAUUCAAUGAAGCAUUUAGCAGAGGUUUGCACAUUUCUCAGAUUCUGGCAGGAAAAAGAGCCCCAGCAAAAUCUCACGUUGUUUAG